UUAAAAACCGAAGAAAGAAAAGAAAACAUUACAGGACAUAAAAAAAAACAAAGUUAGAGAAAGAGAGAGAAGGAAGAGACAUUCAUCAUCAAACACACAAUCUCUUUAUUAACCGCUUGAGAGCUCCAAGAGUGUUAUAAUAUAAAGAAGGAAACUUGUUUUGUUGUACCCUGAAAAAUGGCAUCUGUGGCUAUACCUCCAGCUUCUGGAGCUAGAGACUCUACUACUGGUCUCGAUAAACUUCCUCAAGAAAUGAAUGACAUGAAACUUCGUGACGAUAAAGAAAUGGAACCAAUAGUGGUAGAUGGGAACGGUACAGAGACUGGCCACAUAAUAGUCACUACUAUUGGUGGAAGAAACGGCCAACCAAAACAGACGAUUAGCUACAUGGCAGAACGUGUUGUUGGGCAAGGAUCUUUCGGUGUUGUGUUUCAAGCGAAGUGUCUUGAGACAGGAGAAACUGUUGCAAUAAAGAAAGUUUUACAAGACCGGAGGUACAAGAACCGUGAGCUUCAGACCAUGAGGCUCUUUGACCAUCCUAAUGUUGUCUCUUUAAAACAUUGCUUCUUCUCAACCACUGAGAAAGAUGAGCUUUACCUCAACCUUGUUCUUGAAUACGUCCCGGAGACAGUUCAUCGUGUUAUCAAACAUUACAACAAACUUAACCAGCGAAUGCCUCUCAUCUACGUCAAGCUUUACACCUAUCAGAUUUUUAGGUCCUUAUCUUACAUUCACCGGUGUAUUGGCGUGUGUCAUCGUGACAUCAAACCACAAAACUUGUUGGUAAAUCCACACACUCAUCAAGUGAAGCUAUGUGAUUUUGGAAGUGCAAAAGUAUUGGUGAAAGGAGAACCAAAUAUCUCUUACAUUUGCUCAAGGUAUUACAGAGCACCUGAACUUAUUUUUGGAGCAACUGAGUAUACAACAGCUAUUGAUGUCUGGUCUGCAGGAUGUGUUCUUGCUGAGCUCUUGCUUGGACAGCCAUUGUUCCCUGGUGAGAGUGGUGUUGAUCAACUUGUAGAGAUUAUCAAGGUUUUGGGAACGCCUACUAGGGAAGAAAUCAAGUGCAUGAACCCUAACUACACUGAGUUCAAGUUCCCUCAGAUUAAAGCUCAUCCAUGGCACAAGAUUUUCCACAAACGCAUGCCUCCGGAAGCUGUUGAUUUGGUCUCAAGACUUCUUCAAUACUCUCCCAAUUUAAGAUCUGCAGCUCUUGACACAUUGGUCCACCCAUUCUUUGAUGAGCUAAGAGAUCCAAGUGCACGUCUACCUAAUGGACGUUUCCUUCCACCACUAUUCAACUUCAAGCCUCACGAGUUGAAAGGUGUAGCAAUGGAGAUUGUAGCUAAGUUAGUACCUGAACAUGCAAGGAAGCAGUGUCCUUGGCUUGGUUUGUGAUUUUCCUCAAAAGAGCUCUAAAUGUAGGACAAAGACAACUGUCUCUCUGUAUCCAGAAUCUUGAUAUGUAUGUUCCCUUUAUUUGUUGUAUUAGUAGAGAAAAAAAGAGUUAUCAUCUCUGUGGUUGGUUUAUAGUGUAAUAGAAGAGUUUUGGUACUUUUAUGUUUCAUAAAUCUUUCUU